GGCUGUCGAUAUCUCCGUGGAUGAGCUGCGUGGUGUGUCGUCGUGUCCGGUCUGUGCGUCGUGCGGACGUAUCCUUUGCCUGCCUGCCUGCCUGCCUGCCUGCCAUCUCGCGGCAUCAAUCAAUCCUGAUGCGACAUGCAUUUCAAUGUCGACGACGAACUCACACACAGACGCACACGACAGCGAGACAGUCGCCUCACGCAAGCGACAAAUAUAUACACACCAGUGAUGGACGUACAAAGCAAGCAAACAGGCCAUAGCCAAAGCAACUGCUCGUCGAGUACGCGACCUACGCCCCUAUCCUAUCUCUGUCUGUCGCCCCCCCGCCCCCCCACGACACAGAUCUCUGCACAUGAGCAUGGCCGGACAGCUGCUCUGCCCCGCGUACGAGAGGAUCAUUGUCCUUCGGGCAUCCUUGUGGAUACCUGCAAAGUGCGCUAUGAACUCGCUCCCCUCAGCCACAGUCCCCUUUUUGGCUCCAUCUGUGGUGCUCAAGGCCUCUCCCCCACAGCUCGUGUCGUUGGCCGCCUUUGUGCCUUUCACACAAAGCGGCCGAGGGGAUCUCUGCACACUCAUGGUCUGCAGGCCGCCGUCCGGUAGGAGGGCCACCCGGUAGUCGCUGGGAAUGGCUGAGGCUCCGUUGCUGAAGGAGAGCGCGCACUCACAGUCGACGGGCAGGCUCCAGUUCGGUUCCUUCCACUUGCGUCGAAGGCUUUGGAGGCGGUGGUUGGGGAGGAUGGCCACCUCGUUGGCAACCAGAGGGUCGACCAGCUUCAUGCACUCGUCGCCGGCGCACUUCUUCAUGCACCGCUUGAAGCGCCGCCGACACUUGCGCCUCUGCUCGUGUGGGAGAAGCCGCCAGUUGAGCGAGAUUUGCUCGCCGGGCAUCGCGCCCUUGUACGCCGGCUGGGGCGGCCCAAUGGCUUCGUCUUUGAUCACUUCCAGCGUGCCCUCCAGGACCUCACGAGUGAAGUUGCUACGCGACCACACCAUCACCCCUAAACGAACCAACACACCGAGAGAGAGAGAGAGAGAGAGAGAAGCACCGGCAGACUCAUGAACGAAAGAAAGAGAAUGAGACGAUUUGUGUGUGGUCGACCCAUGACCUUCGCACCAGAGUUGAAGAGGAAUGGGCUGAUGUCCGACGCAAGGAGGGCUUUCUUGUCGGGGAACUCCUCGAUGAAGUGGUGAAUGGGCUGGCUGCAGUUGACAAAGAUGGUGUCAGCGUCGGCCCACACGACGUAGUCGAUGGGCACCUCAUUGGGGCUGGCCGUAAAAUUCAUGAGUUCAAGCAUCAGCUCCAGCUUCGCCCGGUAAGCCCCCUUCGGGCCCGGCGGCGCGCUCUCCUGAAACAAGGUGAUGCUCCGAUACCCGUGGAUGCUGGAGUACCUGAGGGCCGGCCGACCAUCCAGCAGGCGCCAGACACACAAUCAGACACAUACCAAUCAAUCGACCAGCAUCAGUGAUAGUUGGCCUCCCUCUGUUUCUCUUUAUUUUGCGCACAUUCUGUGGUUCUCAAAGGCAGCCUCGAGCCACUCUGCCUUAUGGCCAAAGGCAGCGGUGAGGAUGACCAGUCGCGAUGAAGGCCACGUGGGAGGCGGCGGGGGAGCUUCGAAAAUGAACCGGCGUCGGAAGGCUUGCAGCACCAGGCCAAGGUGGGGUCGGAGGUGCCAGUGAAACACUGCCAACGGGGAGACAGUCGCAGACACACAGACACAGGCGGUGACAGCCCUUUCCUCUCUGCUCUGCCACAUGCCCGUCCGUGCCUACCGGCGCCGCCAUAGAGCAGGACGGUGACGAAGAAGAAUGCUUGGGCGCCUGUGAUCAACAGAAGCUGCACCAU